AAUUUCACUGACGACCAAAUUAAUAGUCCACUCACAACCAAUUAUAUUCUCUCAUGUAGCCAACUUAUGGUGCGGUGUGGUCGCUACCAUAAUUAAUUUAACUUCCCAAUAAUUUGUCAAUUAUAUCUCGUUAACGCAUACAUAAAUUUGGUUAUGACCGACAAAUCUGGCCCAGCAAUGAGCUUUGAUGUAGCGGGACAGCCACUGCAGUUAAUUUAAAUGGUUGUGGGUUUGGGACAUAAUACGAGGGACUGAGGAACAGAUCGGAAGAUGAAGACAAUGGAAAACAUCAGUUUUCACAAUUUCAACAAGAUGCAGAAUUUCUCACCAAACACAGCGGUAUUGAGGACUUCCGAGGACGCAAACAAAACUAAGAAACCUAGACACAGAACGACGUUUUCGCCUUUUCAACUUAAAGAAAUGGAAAAGGCCUUUAGGAAAGCUCCAUAUCCAGAUGUUAUGACGAGAGAGGAACUAGCGCGGCGAUUAGCACUCAACGAGUCACGUGUCCAGAUCUGGUUUCAAAACAGACGAGCAAAAUGGCGAAAAGGCUAUUCUCCAAAAUUAGACAUCAACUCAAAACCCAAUGAGAGCGAACUAAAAGAGGACCAAAAGCAACCUAAACAACCUCCACCCACCAAAGAAUCCGCGGAGCCCAAGAGCAUCACGUGGCAGCCCUGGCCGGGAAUGCUGAGCGAGUACUCGCCCUACCCGGGGGCCUGGAUGGGCCUCCCAGGGUCCUCUCCUUACAGUCCGUUUGUCUUUAACCAACAGGCAAUGUUUUUGCCUCGUGAUGGCGCUAAUUCUAGACAACCCGAGCUCAACGUACCCUUAAACCUUGUGCAGAGGGAAUAUACGUAUGGCGACAGCGUGUUCGAUCUGUCCAGAUACUUGCCGAAAGACAAAGAGUGAGAGAUGUUUACGUUGCUAGUAAUUCAAUGUUUAGAACAAAUGAACGUUAAAACGCAUCAACAUGCCAAAUAAUUGAUAAAUCUAGAGUACUUCUACGUAAAUCGAAUUCCCAAAAAUUCUAGGUAAUUUAAUUAUUAUGUGCAUUAUAUGAUUAAAUCAAUUGGAGAAUAAAAUUCAAUUAUGUUUA